AAUAAUUCAGUUAUUUAGUCUUAUAUUUGAAUUACGUAAGUUCCCUCUCCGCGCAUUCUAUUUUUAACUGUCCGCGCACGGAAGUGCCUAGCGGCGAGAAACCGAACCAGUCGAUUCCCGAGGUCCGUUUAGUUCAAGACCAUGUUGGGAGCCGUAGCAAGAGCAAGUUCAGGCCUUUUGGCCGGCAAAACCGCCGAAAAAUUGGGCGCAGAGACCCUUAAAGCCACCGCCGCGUACAAUGGACAACAGAGAGGUUUGGCCGCCAAAGCCGCUCCCACCCCCAGCGGUAGGGUAGUUGCAGUUAUUGGUGCCGUUGUGGAUGUCCAGUUCGAUGAAGCUCUUCCCCCAAUUCUUAACGCUUUGGAGGUUGCAAACCGCACCCCCAGGCUGGUCCUCGAAGUUGCGCAGCAUUUGGGAGAAAACACCGUGCGUACCAUCGCCAUGGACGGUACUGAGGGUUUGGUGAGGGGACAGCAGGUGGCUGAUACCGGCUUCCCCAUUCGUAUCCCCGUUGGGGCGGAAACUUUGGGGCGCAUCAUCAACGUGAUCGGAGAGCCUAUUGACGAAAGGGGCCCCAUUCCCACCGACAAGGUGGCCCCCAUUCACGCUGAGGCGCCCGAAUUCGUUGACAUGAGUGUCGAACAGGAGAUUCUCGUCACUGGUAUUAAGGUCGUCGACUUGUUGGCUCCAUACGCCAAGGGAGGUAAAAUCGGUCUUUUCGGUGGUGCCGGAGUAGGCAAAACCGUAUUGAUCAUGGAACUCAUCAACAACGUUGCCAAAGCUCAUGGUGGUUACUCAGUGUUCGCCGGUGUUGGCGAACGUACCCGCGAAGGUAACGACUUGUACCACGAGAUGAUCGAAUCCGGCGUCAUCUCGCUGAAAGACAAGACCUCCAAGGUCGCUCUCGUCUACGGUCAGAUGAACGAGCCCCCAGGCGCCAGGGCUCGCGUGGCUCUGACCGGUUUAACCGUCGCGGAAUAUUUCCGCGACCAAGAGGGUCAGGACGUGCUGCUUUUCAUCGACAACAUCUUCAGAUUCACUCAAGCCGGUUCCGAGGUGUCCGCCUUGCUCGGGCGUAUCCCCUCCGCCGUGGGUUACCAACCCACCUUGGCCACCGACAUGGGUAGCAUGCAGGAGAGGAUCACCACCACCAAGAAGGGUUCCAUCACCUCCGUACAGGCCAUCUACGUGCCAGCCGACGAUUUGACCGAUCCCGCCCCUGCCACCACCUUCGCUCACUUGGACGCCACCACCGUGCUGUCGCGUGCCAUCGCCGAGCUGGGCAUCUACCCCGCCGUCGAUCCCCUCGACUCCACCAGCCGUAUCAUGGACCCGAACAUCAUCGGGCACGAGCACUACAACGUCGCGCGCGGCGUGCAGAAGAUCCUCCAGGACUACAAGUCCCUGCAGGACAUCAUCGCCAUCCUGGGUAUGGACGAGCUGUCCGAGGACGACAAGCUGACCGUGGCGCGCGCAAGAAAGAUCCAACGUUUCCUUUCGCAGCCCUUCCAGGUCGCCGAGGUGUUCACCGGCCAUCCCGGCAAGCUGGUGCCGCUCGUCGAGACCAUCAAGGGUUUCCAAGAAAUCUUGAACGGAAAGUACGACCACCUCCCUGAAGUGGCUUUCUACAUGGUCGGGCCUAUCGAAGAAGUCGUCCAAAAGGCCGAAAAAUUAGCUGAGUCAACCUAAUUAUGUAAUUAAACAUUAUUUAUACAUGUUUUAUUCCAUCUUCAAUGACUUUUGUUUUGCAAAGGUUUCCAAUCAACAGCAUAGCAGACACCGUUAUAAUUUUUUUACAACUUGUUUUAAAAAUGCAAUGAGGUGUAAUUGUUGUAUUUACUUUUAAUUUUAAUAAAAUAGUACGUUAAUCUAU